AUGGCACAUCUAAGGCCAAAACAUAACACUAUUCCACUUCUAGUUAUAAAAGCACUAGUACAUUAUUUUCUCUUCACAUUAAAAACAACCAUAGCUUCUUAUGAUGAUCAAACCCUAAAUGUAAUAGAUUUUGGUGUCAAACCAGGUGGUGAAAUUGAUUCCUCAAGAGCAUUUCUAGAUGCAUGGGAAAGUGCAUGCAACACAAUAACACCAUCAACAAUUUAUGUCCCACAAGGAAGGUUCUUAAUUGGAAAAGUAGUGUUUAAGGGUAGUCAUGAGUAUUGCAAGAGCAAUGGAAUCACAAUGAAAAUUGAUGGUGCACUUGUUGCACCUUCCAAUUAUGAUGAUAUUGGAAAUGAUGGGAAUUGGUUGUUGUUUGAUGAUGUUAAUGGAGUUUCAAUUAUUGGUGGAGUUCUUGAUGGACAAGGCAAUGGUCUUUGGGCAUGCAAGAGAUUUGGCAAGAGAAAUUGCCCAAUGGGUGCUACGAAUUUAGGCUUCACAAAUUCCAACAACAUUGUAAUAAACGGUGUGACCUCACUUAACAGCGAAAUGUACCACAUAGUAAUAGACAGAAGCAAGAAUGUGAAAGUAGAAGGUGUUAGGGUUUCUGCUUCAGGAAACAGUCCCAACACUGAUGGCAUUCAUGUUCAACUCUCAUCAUUUGUAACAAUCAUUGCAUCCAACAUUGCCACUGGUGAUGAUUGCAUCUCAAUUGGUCCAGGAACAACCAAUUUGUGGAUACAAAACAUAGCUUGUGGACCUGGUCAUGGAAUCAGUGUUGGAAGUUUGGGGAAAGAAUUAGAAGAGGCUGGUGUGGAAAAUGUGACAGUUAAAACAGUUACAUUUACAGGAACUGAGAAUGGUGUGAGAAUCAAGUCUUGGGGGAGACCAAGCAAUGGCUUCGCAAGGAACAUCAUUUUCCAACAUCUUACUAUGAUUAAUGUCCAAAACCCCAUAGUCAUUGACCAAAAUUAUUGCCCUAAUGAGAAGGGUUGCCCCGGUCAGAAUUCCGGGGUCAAAAUUAGCAAUGUAAUGUACCAAGAUAUUCAUGGGACAUCAGCAACUGAAGUUGCGGUUAGAUUCAAUUGCAGUCCAAGGAAUCCGUGCAAUGAAAUCACCUUGGAAGAUGUCAAACUUACAUUUCAAACCAACAAACAAGCUCAAGCUUCAUGCAUUCAUGCCCAAGGAAUCACUUCUGGUUUUGUUCAACCUAGCGCUUGUUUCUCAUCUUAG